AUGCAGCAGCGUCACCAGCCAGGGCGUGAUGUCAUAGCGCGUGCCGCCGGCGAGGGUGGCUAUGUGUUUGUGCUGGCGCCCAACCAGACGCCGACAAUAGACGCCUUCACUGUGGAGAAGCUGGUCGGCCUCAAGCCGGAUGACCCCUUCCAGGUGACGCCGGGCCACCGGGUGAACACCGUGUUUGCGGCGCUCUUCAACGCUAUGGGGUUCUACCCCCUCAUCUACGCCGCACUCCUCAUCCCCGCGGCGCGCAGCGACAAGCUGCCCGCGUGGCCCUUUGUGGCGACGUCCGUGUUCCUAGGGGCCUAUGCCUUGAUCCCAUACAUGGCCCUGUGGAGCCCCAAGGACCCGCCGCAGCAGCUGCCGCCGCCAAAGGAGGAGCUGGAGGGCUGGAGCCGGCUGUACAUGAAGGGGGCCGAGACCCCCGUGCUGCCCGCACUGCUCACAGCCGGCGCAGCCUUUUUCACGUUCCAGAUGGCGACAGCAGGCGGUGAGGCGUGGCUGGCCUUCUUGAAGCUGUUUGACCAGAGCAGGCUGGUCCACGCCACCACCAUCGACUUUUGCCUGUGCACGCUGCUCGCGCCCUUCUGGAUGAGCAACGACGCGGAGGGGCGCGGCUGGGAGCAGAGGGGGACGCUGGUGCCGCUGCUGUCACUGCUGCCGCUGGUGGGCCCAGCCAUAUACCUCCUGCUGCGCCCCAAGACAGACUUGAGCUCUUAG